CCAUACUUAUCUAGAUAGAAGUCAAACAAAAUUUAAAAAAUAUAAUUUUAUAAUUAUUGUAUGUAGAUAAUGAACUAUGAGUCAUUAAAAUACAUUUUAAAAUUGUUCAAGUGGACAAAGUGUUUGAUUAUUUGACCUUCAGCAGUGCAUUUUAAUUUUAAAUAUCUACAAUAACAUCAGUAUUUUAUUGUAUUAUUCCCAUUGGUGUGAUUAUUACAGUCAUCAUUUUUAAUUCGUAGAUAAUUAUUAGCGUUAUUAGUGAUGAUGUGGCCUAUGUGAUUCCCAUACCAAAACAAGAUACAGUUAUCUAUAAACUAUAAAAAAAAAUAGCAAAGCAAACAAUUUUGCGUGUAUUGUUUCAGAGUAAAGUGUUUUUGUGUAGCUGUUAUCAACCAACCAACUUUUGAAAAUUAAAUAUUUGCUGACCAUGGCUAACCCAUUUUCUACCAUGUACCACAGUUUGGAUUCAAUUCUGAGCAUUUUGAGAAAACCUGAAAAUUUAGCAAUACAUGGAGUUAAAGAACUAUUACAGAUUUAUGAACAUGCCAAAGAAAAUAAAAACAAAUCUGAAACAUCAGGAGACAGUAGGAGACACCCUUUCAUAGUAUUAGAGGGUUUGGAUGGCUCAGGAAAAUCCACUGUCGGUUCUAAGUUUGCUAAAAAAAUAAACGGGAAAAAAUGGCAAACCCCUCCUGAAAGUAUCAGACAUCUUCGAAGUCUGACUGACGAAAACAGAGUUUUGUUUUCGACUUAUUACUCUCUGGGUAAUUAUAUUGCUGCUUUGGAGGUUCAAGUGGCUCUAAAAGAUGCACCAGUGGUAAUGGACAGAUACUGGCACUCCACCACAGCCUUCGGUAUAGCUCAAGCAGUUCAAGACAGCGCAGACUUGCAGGAAAUACCUCCAAGAGGAGACCAAGUAUAUUGUUGGCCGGAAGAUUUGUUUAAACCAGAUGUUUGUAUUUUCCUUGAUGUCGACGAAUCCGUCAGAUUACAAAGACUGUCUCGAAGGAAAGAGUUUACUGCUCAAGAGGAUUUAUUGAAGUCUUCUUCAGAAUUUCGAAACAAUGUUAUUUCUGCAUAUAAAAAUAUGUCCGAUCCCGAAGUGAUCUUUAUCAAUGGUAAUAAGUCAUUUAAAAAAGAGUGUGAGGAACUUUGUGAUAUUGUUAAACCGUUUUUAAUAGAUUAGUUUCGUUUUUAGUUCUUUGUUAAAACUGGAACAAAGUUUAUUACAUUUUUAUAUUCAUUUUAGUCUAAUACAUACACUUUUAUAACAAUACAUUGUAUGGUUUGAAAAAUAAAAAAAAUUGAAAAUGUG